CUCAGAUCAUCAUCACGCGUCCAAUUGACUGUUUGUUGCUGCCCCGCCGACCGACUCUCCUCCCACUCACUCUCUUCCCUCUCUUCAACGCCUGAUCGAACCUCAACGUCAAGCCCCAGCGCAUUCGCAAUGAUGGACGCCUCCAAUGCCCCUCUAUCGUCCUCUCGUCCUCAGCCGUCUUCUAGGCCCACGACUCCCCUACGACCCAGUUCUCGAUCCUCUUUCCGCGAAGCGCACGGUUACGGGAACAGCAUCAGCAAUGCCGGCUACACUCAGCCUGCGAUCAAUGCUCUCGAGCCUCAGUUUGCAGAACUCGCAGAUUCGAUGGCAGAUCUUGAGGCAAACUUUAUGCACUUGCAGUUGAUGCAUGAGAGUUUGACGCGGUUUAGUGAGAGCUUUGCUAGUUUUCUGUAUGGAAUGAACAUGAAUGCGUUUUGUGUGGACUUUCCAGAGGCUCCUAUCACUGAAUCAUUCCGAAGAGCAAAGCAAGCCGAGGCAGAGAAAUUAGCUGAAGCCGAAGCCGAAGCUGAUCAAAUGCGACCGACCCAUGAUGGUGAAACUACAUUUAUGACCACGGAUACAUCGUUUGUCGAAAACCCUCCGACGGUAUCUAAACCGACAUCCAAGUAUUCUGUUCCCCGAGGAGGCGCUCGCGGGUCUACUCGCGGAUCGACUCGCGGUACGACUCGUGGCACAACUGGAAGCCGUUAUUCUACCAGAGGACGAGCUCGUCCAAGCGCAUUACCCAGAGGCAGAGGAAUUCGAUGAACGCAUGCGACGCAUACAUGAAACCUAUGCUAGUUUGGAGACGUCGGGUAUAACAAGGGUGGUUCUACAGUUGCUUGCAGAGAGCCUGCACCCUUCACUUCUGGAUCAACAGUAGGGACCGUCAGACAGAUGCUGUGGGAACUUAUUUGGGUCACGGCUCUGUGAAUUAACGGGCUCUAGGGACAAUGCCAAUCGAGGAUUCCGUUAAUGGAACAAUGGCUGGCUGCGUGGGCAACACCGUUCGCAGACAUUGGGUUACGCCCUGCCCUUGAUCCAGCAAAACCUGGCCUUGUCAAAGCAUCAUUUCAUUGUCCUCUAAAGGGGCAUUGAUAUCAUGUUGCAUUAUUUCUUAUUGAUAAACUUAUGAAUGGAUGUGUACACGGACAUGACGAUCUAGUCUGCAGCUCGCUCUAGACUAGCAACACAAUGAAUAGAAUAAAUUCUAAAAAGAAAUAAAUAAAAACCAACAACAAUAGGAUAGAGUCAA